ACGCGGCUCAAAAACAGUCAGUCCAAAAAAGUUGCUGACGUCGAGUGGAGGUGCAUCAGUAGCUGCCGAUCCGGAAGUCUUGCAUGUCCAAUUAACUUGUUUUGGCCGCCGAUAAGAUAAGCCAGAUUGUUCCCCAACCCGUGUUGAAGACAUUCCUUUUGGAUAACGCAGCAGCAAGAUGACCUUCAAUCUGCGCCAGGUUUAUGCGUUCGCCCGCGAAUAUCACCAAAAGCGCGACUCCCAGAAGGAGAUCCAGUACGGCACGGCAGGAUUCCGGUCACAUGCCGACAACCUGGACUACGUCAUGUACCGAAUGGGGCUGCUGGCGGUGCUCCGGUCGCGCGCAAAGGGUGGCCAGGUUAUCGGCGUGAUGAUCACGGCUUCGCACAACCCGGAACAGGACAACGGCGUCAAGCUGGUCGAUCCCAUGGGCGAAAUGCUGGAGCAGAGCUGGGAACGGCUGGCCACGGAUCUGGUGAACGUGAGCGACGCCGACCUGGAGGGCCAAAUUGCGAAGAUCAGCACCGAGCAGGGCAUCGACAACAACGAACCUGCGAAGGUGUACGUGGGCAUGGACACGCGCUAUCACAGUCCGCAGCUGGCGAAGGCCGUGCUGAACGGGAUUGCGGCGCUGAAGGGAAGCGUGCGGGACUUUGGAAUCGUUACGACGCCAAUGUUGCACUACUUUGUGACCUGCUCGAAUACGGACCUGGCGUACGGACUGCCGACCGAGGAGGGCUACAUGACGAAGCUGUUGACGGCCUUCAAGCGGAUUCGGGGGAACACCUUCGCGAAGGGGAACUACACGAACAAGGUGUUUUACGACGGAGCGAACGGAGUCGGGUCGCUGAAGAUGCUGGGAUUUGUGCGGAAGUUUGACAGAUAUCUGGACGUGAAGGUGUUCAACAGCAAUGGAAAGAUCAACUUCAACUGCGGGGCGGACUUUGUCAAGACGAAUCAACGGGCGCCGCACGGAAUCCCUGAAGAUCUGGAACCGAACGCACGGUGCGUGUCAGUUGACGGGGACGCCGAUCGGGUCGUGUAUUAUUACACCGAUGAGGACGGUGUGUUCCAUCUGCUGGACGGCGACCGGAUUGCCACGUUGAUUGCCGGCUACCUCAAAGAACUCGUUGAAAAGUGCGGGGUUGAGCUUGAAAUGGGACUGGUCCAGACUGCCUACGCCAACGGAGCUUCAACGGACUACAUCGUCAAUCAGUUGAAAGUCCCCGUUGCGUGCGCCCCAACCGGAGUCAAGCAUCUGCACCACAAAGCGCUCGAUUACGACGUGGGCGUCUACUUCGAGGCAAACGGACACGGCACCGUCAUCUACAACGCGGAAGCCAAGAAGCGAAUUGCAGCCGCCAGCAAGGACGAAUCCCUUACCCAGGAGCAACGUGACGCUGCGAAGCUGCUGCUCAGCACGAUCGACCUGACGAACGAAACCGUCGGCGACGCCAUCUCGGAUAUGCUGCUCGUCGAAACGGUCCUGCACUACCGUGGCUGGAGCCUCCAGGACUGGUUCGCGGCGUACUCCGACCUGCCGAACGUGCUGAUGAAGGUCAAGGUGGAAGAUCGGAACGUGUUCACGACGACCGACGCCGAACGCGUCUGCGUCAAGCCGGAAGGUCUGCAGGACGCCAUCAACGAAAUCGUGGCCAAGUAUCCCCGCGGGAGGUCGUUCGUGCGGCCGUCCGGAACGGAGGACGUGGUGCGGGUGUACGCCGAGUCCGAAACCAAGGACGGCACGCUGCAGCUGGCGCUCGAAGUGGCCAACGUUGUGUUCGACCGGGCUGGGGGUGUUGGCGCUCGGCCGGAGCUGGCCAAGAUCUAAGGGACACGCACAUCAGUUUAUUGUUAUUUCCGACUGGCACACACAAGCUACCGAUACUGCCCCGUAUUGUUUUAGUGUGUAAAGUGAUGUCUGUGCGAAAGGAAAAUAUGCAAAUUGGUUAUUAACCUGAAUGAGAUUAGUUUGAAUUGCUUGAAUAUAUGAUUAUCGUGUUCGAAUAUUAGAUCUAUCUACAUCCAUAUACAGUGAGCUACUAAAUCGUUUGGACAAAGACAAAGCAAUGCUUCUAUUUACCACAGCUAUGCAUAUCAAUAAAUUUUAUUAUUGGCGCUUUUAAA